AUGUCCAAAAUUAGUCCAUUACUUUCAAGAGAAGAAAUAAUUGAACAGACUCGAUCUAACAAGCUGUUUUACAAUAAUACUCAAAAUGUGGAAGAACCAAAAAUUAAUGCUUUAUUAUCUAAUUCAGAUGAACAAUUAUUAGCAGAAAUUGGAUACAAACCAGAGUUAAAGAGGCAUUUUUCGUUGUUUCAAGUGUUUGGUAUAUCCUUCAGUAUAAUGGCCAUCUUACCGCUGAUUCUGAGUAUUCUUGCGGACGGAUUAACUGGUGGACCUGCUGGUUGCUUUUGGGGUUGGGUUAUUUCUUCAAUGUUUAUUCUUACAAUUGGAGUUUCCAUGUCGGAGAAUGGAAGUUCGCAACCCACCUCAGGGGGUUUAUAUUACUGGACUAAUUUCUAUGCUCCAGCGCGGGCAAAGACAGUUAUAUCUUACUUGAUAGGGAACACUAAUUCAAUUGCAUUAAUUGGAGGUUUGUGUUCUGUCGAUUACGGAUUUGCACAAGAAUUAUUGAGUGUUAUUGUUAUAGCAACGGAUGGUGAAUUCAAUAUUACUGCUGCUAAGACCUAUGGGGUAUUUGUUGCUUGUGUUUUAUCUCACAUCAUUCUUACAUGUGCUUCGUCAAAAAACUGUGCCUGGCUACAGACGUCGCUGGUCGUUCUAAAUACCACUAUUGUGGUCUUAUUUUUGGUUGCUCUACCGAUCGGUGCUAAAGGAAAUUUUAAAACUGCAAGUUAUGUCUUCACAGAAUUUAACAACUUUUCAGAUUGGCCAUCUGGCUGGACCCAGGUAUCAUCUACAUGGUUGCUGGGUAUAUGGACCCUUGGUGCAUUUGACUCCGUGAUUCAUAUGUCAGAAGAAAUUCCUCUGGCUUCAACUGCUAUACCCAUUGGGAUAAUAGGCUCUUUGUCUGCUUGUAUUAUUUUGGGAAUUGCUGUAAUGCUUGUUACUUUAUUUUGUAUACAAACAAAUGAUAUUGAAGGUCAUAUUAUCGGAUCAAAAUUGGGUCAACCGAUGGCUCAGAUCAUUUACGAUUGUUUGGGGAAAAAAUGGGCAAUAUCGUUCAUGAUACUAAUUGCAAUUGGCCAAUUUUUAAUGGGUGCAUCUAUUUUAACGGCCAUAUCUCGUCAAAUUUGGGCAUUUUCUAGGGAUAAUGGAUUACCGUUUUCUUCUUGGAUUAAAAAAGUUAAUGUGAAGUUAUCAGUUCCAAUUAGAGCUGUCUGUUUCGGAGGUUUUGGAGCUAUUUUGAUAGGCCUAUUAUGCUUGAUUGGACCUACGGCUGCGAACGCAUUGUUUACUUUAUAUAUUGCUGGUAAUUAUGUCGCUUGGGGUACUCCAACAUUUUUGAGAUUGACUUUUGGAAGAAAUAAAUUUCAGCCAGGAAAGUUUUACUUGGGGGGGGUUUUUUCACCUCUUAUAGGUUGGACUUCAACGGUAUUUAUUCUAUAUACUGUCGUGAUGGUGAUGCUACCUUCCACCAAGUAUCCUGAUAAAGAAACAAUGAACUAUACUUGUAUCAUUACCCCUAGUGUUUGGAUCUUUUCAUUAGUGUAUUAUAAAAUAUAUACACAUAAGCAUUACCAUGGGCCUCAGAAGACAGUACAUGUUUCAGAUUGUGCAAGUGAAAACGGUAUGGAUCGGAUUUAUACGAUCUUGGAUGGAGUUGAGGUAAAUUCAGACAAGAAAUCGAGAACAUAUGAAAAGCUUGAUUUUGCAUGA